AUGUCGGACGCCCGCCGCGUGCACAAGCUCGCCCUCGGCGGGAGUGAAAAGAGACAACGAUACGUCAUCGAGACCAGAGUCUCCGGGGGCGGACGACUCGGGGUGAUUCUCACCGGUUUGCGAAGUCCCGAUCGCGUGCUGGCGAGCGCGCCGUCGCCGGGGGUCGCGCUCGCGGCGAAUGAAUUCGUGUGCGUCGACGCCGACGUCGAGCGCGAGUUGCUCCGGGCGCGGGCGAUUCGAAUCGUUCGGGAGGUGAACGGCGAGCGCGUGUGCGCGCUGAUCACGGAGGGCGACGACGCGGGUGACGGAGGCGCGGACGACGGCGGCGAGAGGGAGAGGGAGACGGCGACGGGGGCGACGCGGGACGCGACGGCGAGCGGCGGCGACGCGUUGGCGAUGUUGAGCGGGAUCAUGAAAGGCGUGAGUCCGCGAGUGGUGCGGAGCGACGACGCGGGAUCGAUCGCGGUGGAUGGUGGGUCGGUGGGUCGGGUGGGUCCCUCGAACGGGGGCGCGCGGGCGAAAACGUCGACGAUCAUGACUCCGAGGACGGCGAGAGGGAGCGCGCCGGGUCGAGGGACGCCGUCGCCGAGCGCGGGGGGGACACCGGGCUCGAGCACGUCUCUUCCGUUGGGGACGUUUGGUGACGAACGGCGGCAGUCGUUUUUCUCGCCAGCCGCGUUCGCGCCGGCGGCUGACGCCGCGACGCGCGCCGCCGGUCGAGACGACUACAUCGAGAGUAUGAUGAAUGAUUUUUCCGCCGCUCUUCUGGGCGGGGCGUCCGCUGGCGUCGGUACGGCGGGAGAUUUCACCGGCUUGGCUCCGACGUUUGGAGCAACCGUGGACACGCGCGCGGCGGCAAACAGAGACAGAGAUCUCCAACCGUUCUUCACCUCGACGAGCUCGCCUGCGAGCGGCGCGCUGGAGGGUGCGUUGGAAGAGAACGUGGACGUCGCGCCGGUGGAAGACGUAUCAGGCUUGUACGGCGGUGAUUCCAGGGUAGAGGUCGACACGUCUUUGGGCCUCGACGCAACGCCCGCCGAGCUCGCGGAUCUCCUGAACAGGUCGCGAAUGCUUCGAAACGUGACGAACGAGUUCGGUUUGGACGACGACGUUGGCCUGGGAAUCGUCGAGACUGAGCGCGAGAUUGAUGCCCCGCCGCCGCAAACAUCGUCUCAAGAAAUUUGCGCCGCAUUUAACUUGCGAGGUGAGACGUUCGGUUGCAAAGGGUGCGUCGAUCGUCACGUUUGUCAACUUUGCGAAUCGCCUCGUCACACAUUCGGGCUGUGCCCUUCGCUGUACGCCAGCGUGCACAAGCGCGGCGAGUUACGCGUGUGCCUGGAUUAUUACUUAAACUCCGUCGAUGACACGGGUGGAGCGCUGCGAGGCGGAUGGAACCAAGAGAAGCACUCCUGGAGUCUUUGCCCGCGCGGAAAGGAAUGCGAACUCGAACACGUAUGUGGAUCGUGCGGAAAGUGUGGGACAAACGAGCACUUACCUACGUGUCGCCUGCAUGCUGUGUUCAACGCGCCUCCACCCGUGGAUCUGUGUCGAAAGUAUUAUCUGCACUCCCUCGGGGACUACUUUAAACUCGAGGGCGACUCGCAAAAAUUCAAGGUCGGCGCCAGUGGUGGAUGGGCGCUGUGCGCAAAGGGUGACAGGUGCCACUCGCGCCACAUCUGUGGACACUGCGGCGAGGAGGGACGGGGGAAGCAUAAACCCGAAUGCAAACUUAGUUCGGUGUGCGGUGUUGUCCAGGACGCGAACAAGGCGCCGUGCUUCUUAUAUUACAUGAAGUCGAUGGCUGGCGUUCGCGAAUUUGAAAAGGGUCUCCUCGGCGGUAGCGCAAAGGCGUUUUGUUCUCAGAAGAAGGGCGAAUGCACGGGUUAUCACGUAUGUGGCUCGUGCGGGAAAGAAAACGUCUCUCCGCACAGCGGCGAAGGGCACACGGCGUCGUGUCGCAUGAGAACCAUCUCGAACGAAGUCGAUCCGACGCUCAAUCCGAGGACAAAACAGCUGCUCAAAGAUUACGAGGAAGAGCUCGAUCGCGUUCGUCAGAGCGCGAAAUCUCGAGAGACCGCUUCGACGCAGACUCCCAUCGUCGAAAUGAAGACGACGAAGUCGAGCGAAGCAGACGAGAACGAAAUGACGAAGAUCGACGUGAAGAGAUGUCGUGUACUGAAAUCGCAAAUAGAAGCCGUCCUGCGCGGAAUCGACGAUACGAUGGAUUUGCUCUGCGAGGAGGCGGUCGAGAGAGCGGGAACGGAGGUGAAGAGGAGCGCAAAUCCGAUGCAUCGACUGGAAAAGAUUAGGGAAGGACUACGACUGAUGGGUGAGUGGACGAAGUGA